CGCACUGCGUCCUGGCGGCCCCGACUCGUGCCAAAGCGUCGCGGGAUCCCACUGCCAGCUCGCAGAGCAGUCCUCCGGCCUCGCCCUCCCCUGGCUGAGCGCGGAGCCCAGGCGGCUGCCUGGCCGAUUGUGCGUAGCCGGGCGCCCGAGAACGCCGGCAAGCGACCUGCUCCCCGCCCCGGCCCGGGAUCCGCCCCUCCCGGAGUAGCUGCGCGCGCUUGGCCGGCACUAGGAACCACCGGCAGCCGCAGGUGCCCGCCCGCCCCCGCCCCGCCGAGCCCAGCCCAGCGCUCGCGCUCGCGAUCGCAGUGCGCCCUGCCAGGUAGGUGCCUUUCCCUGCUCACUCCUCCUUUCUCGGAGUUUCUCAGUUAGCCCCUGCUCCCCGGGUGGAAGCAUUCUCGGAAGGCGUGGAAGGACCGCCAAGAUCUAGAUAUCCAGCUGAGGUUUCUGGACCUCUUUUGAGUGAAGAUGACUGUUUCUGCCUAGAAAAUGUAACUGGAGGAUCCAAGAGGUCUGGGCAGACUUGACCAUGGGAGCAAACACUUCAAGCAAACCACCGGUGUUUGACGAAAACGAGGAUGUCAACUUCGACCACUUUGAAAUUUUGCGAGCCAUUGGAAAAGGCAGUUUUGGGAAGGUCUGCAUCGUGCAGAAGAACGAUACCAAGAAGAUGUAUGCGAUGAAAUACAUGAACAAACAAAAGUGCGUGGAACGCAACGAAGUGAGGAAUGUCUUCAAGGAGCUCCAGAUCAUGCAGGGCCUGGAGCAUCCCUUCCUGGUUAAUUUGUGGUACUCCUUCCAAGACGAGGAAGAUAUGUUCAUGGUGGUGGACCUGCUGCUGGGCGGGGACCUGCGUUAUCACCUGCAGCAGAAUGUCCGCUUUCAGGAAGACACUGUGAAGCUGUUCAUCUGUGAGCUGGCCAUGGCCCUGGACUACCUGCAGGGCCAGCGCAUCAUUCACAGGGAUAUGAAGCCUGACAACAUUUUGCUUGAUGAACAUGCACCUGAGAUGUUCAGCUCCAGCAGAGAAGCGGGCUAUUCCUUUGCUGUUGACUGGUGGUCACUGGGAGUGACGGCGUACGAGCUGCUCAGAGGCCGGAGACCAUAUCAUAUUCGCUCCAGCACUUCCAGCAAGGAAAUUGCACACCUGUUUGAGACGGCUCUUGUGACUUACCCUUCUGCCUGGUCACAGGAAAUGGUGUCACUUCUUAAAAAGCUUCUGGAACUGAAUCCAGACCAACGGUUUUCUCACUUGUCUGACAUUCAGAACUUCCCGUACAUGAGUGAUGUGAACUGGGAUGCAGUUUUGCAGAAGAGGCUCAUUCCAGGAUUUACUCCUAACAAAGGCAGGCUGAACUGCGACCCCACCUUUGAACUCGAAGAAAUGAUUUUGGAGUCCAAGCCUCUGCACAAGAAGAAGAAGCGCCUGGCCAAGAAGGAGAAGGAGAUGCGGAAAUGUGACUCCUCCCAGACGUGCGUUCUUCAAAAGCACCUCGAGUCUGUCCAGAAGGAGUUCAUCAUUUUCAACAGAGAAAAAGUAAAAAGGGAUUUUAAUACAAGACAAGCAAAUGUAGCCUUGGAACAAACCAAAGACCCCCAGGAAGAGGACAGCCGGAAUAACAACCUGUGAAGUCAACAUCUUCUUCCUGGGACACUUCCUGGCACCUUGGGCCAGGAGCUUCUGAUUUCCAUGUCAGGAGGAGCUGACAGUGAUUCUCACCUCUCCACACCUCACACACCUGAGACACUGAAUGAAUACCUUUGGAAGGGGG